GGAGAGAGCGGAGCGGGCAAAACAGGCAUCCAGGCACAGCUCACAGUCACGUACAGCCACACAAUAACGACGCACACGAAACCCCGCGGAUCGGACCCGUUCAUGUCACGGCUGCUCUUUGGUGCUCCUCUAGUUCUUUUGUACUUUCAGACCUUUUCCAAACGAGUGGCGAAAGUCGGGAAAAUGCUUCUUUUGUCUUGAGCGCCAACUAAACCUGUUUUUUUCUUCGUUGUUCUCCGGGUUGGCUUUAUUUUUUCCUUACCUUUACAGUUCAUAGUGAUGUGUGGGUUCACGGUGCCGCGCUUUUAGCAUCUCUGGAGCCCUUCUCAGUAGGAAUCUCCCGCUCCUAGCAUUGGAGGAGGUGAACCAGGAUGGUAUCAAAGGGUUUGUAACCAACUUCACCUUGGACAAAGGCUACAGUAACCUCACCUUCUUCUCUUAGACAUUGCCCAGCCUUCCACAGCCAUGUCUAACCUAAACAAUGCCUUGUGCAUUGAAAAUGGACAGAAUGCAGAGGUGUCUCUCCUACAAAAGGAUAAUCUUCAGGAUGGUGGAUUAAGCCAGCUUUUGGAUUAUAAUGCCGAAAUGGAAAGGUACAGGUCUUUUGCAAACUUUUAUAAAACAAAUGGAGCAUUUCCACAGACUGCUAAGAUUGCUCGCAUCACAACGCCCAUUUUUCCCAGUGCGAGAAUUGGCAUGUCCCCUUGGAACUGUGAUAACGCCAUGCUCUGGGGGAGGAAAUCAGCGGCAAUAAACCCUAAUAGGACCAGCAUGCACAGAAAUGACUCCCAGAGGCCGGGAAAGCCUGGCGUGCCGCCAGAGACGCUGCAAAUGGCAAAUAAUAAUUUCCUCUCUACCUUAUCCCCCGAACACUGCAGACCUUUAGCAGGAGAAUGCAUGAACAAGCUGAAAUGCGGCGCUGCUGAAGCAGAGAUAAUGAAUCUCCCAGAACGCGUUGGAACUUUUUCCGCUAUUCCGGCUUUAGGGGGCAUCUCAUUACCUCCCGGGGUCAUCGUCAUGACAGCCCUUCACUCCCCCGCAGCCUCAGCAGCCGUUACAGACAGUGCGUUUCAAAUUGCCAAUCUGGCAGACUGCCCACAGAAUAAUUCCUCAGCAUCCAGUGGAAACCCAGCGAAGAAGAAAAGGAAAAGGUGUGGGGUCUGUGCACCCUGCAGGCGGCUAAUCAACUGUGGUGUCUGCAGCAGUUGUCGGAACCGCAAAACGGGCCACCAGAUCUGCAAAUUUAGGAAAUGUGAGGAGCUGAAAAAGAAGCCGGGCUCAUCGCUGGAGAGGACGCCUGUCAGCAACGGCGAAGCUUUCCGGUGGUUCUUCUAGUGAAGGCACACGCCUGUACACACGGACACUGAAACCCUGACUCUAAAGUCCAGGAGCACUUGAUCGGUUCAACGCAGAACCAAAAAACCUCUCCACAACUUUCGGAGAAAAAGUUAUGGACACUGAGGUGGACUGACAAAAGGUUACAUGGGAAAGUGUUGUUUUAAACUGUAAUUUCCUUUUCUGUGUAAUUAUUGUACCUUUUGACAGUAUCAUAAUGUAUAUUUUGGUGUCUAUGAAUGUGUUCUCAGUGUCAUGGCUGAAGGUUUUUUACAGCCUGCCCCAUGUAAAGGAAUCAACAGACAAUCAUACGACCACAACCAAUCUGUCUAACUGAAACGGCCACCGAAAUCGAAAUCGGAAAAAUAUAAAAAGCUGUUAACUUGACGGAAAGUUGUUGGAGUGAAGAUGUUUGGCUGCUUAUCCAAGCUGCGGCCAACCAUCUUCACUCCUACAACUUUUUGGGCAGUUCACAGAUUUGAUUUGUUCUUUUACUAUGGAUCAUAUUUGGACGACUGAGGGAUUACACAACCCUCUAGAACUGGACUCAUUUUGGAGCUCCAUUUCUGUUCAAACCUUCACAUCUGACCAAAAACUAGUUAAUAGCGUGGAAAUGAACAUUCACACCAUGCACCCAGUGGGAAAGGAACUCAAACAUUGACAUUUGAAUGAACUCUAACCGCCUGUUACGAGGUUUACAUACGACAAAAUUUAGCAAGCUGUAAAUUUCUUCACGAUGUUAACGUACUUCUGGCUUGUAAAAGAAAAAAAACACAUACCUGUACGGCUAAGGGAUUACACAGAUCUACUUUCCCUCUCCAAUAAUGCCUGAACAUUCAUAGGCGUUGAUUAAUUGGGGCACAUUGUCUGGGGUGGUUCUUUGAAUUUGAUUAGCUAUCAUUUGAUUUUGACAGCUCCAAAUGAUUGAUACAGAGUAAAGUGGUGUUUGAAGGUUAUUCACUCUAAAAUGAUCCAUAUUUUAAGCUCCAUCGCUUUUAGUCCUCUAGUUUAAAAAACGAUUGUAACUGUUCAAUAGAUAGAGGGUAACGCCAGUAAAGGACUUGUUAAAUUUCAUUGAAGUUCAGAUUUGCGAGUGUUCAUGUUCGGAAGAAAAGGCCCUUUCUUCUCCAAUGAGAUAAACACAUUCCAAAAACAAAAUUAUCCAACUUACUCAUUGUCUUAAACCCUAUUGUUGCAUGUGUAAAUGUGUUUUGGUUUUGAAGAUUACUAAGAAUUUGUAUAUUGUUGUUGUGAUGCUUUUAUGUGUUAAAAUAAAAAAGGAAUUG